AAGUAUAUUUAAAUCAAAUUCACCCUGAAGAUUUUCAUACAGGCAGCAGAACUCUGAAACGUGCAAUCAUCAAGGAACUAGGAAGUUCUCAUUCAAAGAAACUAUUCUAUGAUGGCUUUCAACCGCAUUUUACUGUUCAUUACCAUCGUCAUUCUGCAAUUGACAUCGAAAACAGUCUCGGUUCAGCUUCCAAAAUGUAGAAGUGAAAAUGGAAAAAUUUAUCCUGUCGGGUCUGUGUUUACUGAUAGAAAUUGCACUGUUAAAUGUCAUUGCUUCAAAGAUGGUGUUAUCUGCGAGCCCAUGUGUGGAAUUACUAAUCAACAGAAUUGCUUGAAUCAAAUUAUUGAACGGAAAAAUGUCAGUUUACCUGAUGCGCAAGGAAAUUUUUGCUUUUGCCAAAUAUUGGUUUGUAAGCCAGUGUUAUCCAAACCCAUACCACAGAUCAUGGUGAAUGAAUGUCGUAAUGGUAAAAAGACUUAUAAACCUGGUGAAAAAUUCAUUUCUAACGAUUGUAAUAGCCAAUGUGAAUGUCAGCCAGACGGUUCUGUUACAUGUGUCAGUUUAUGUUCUCCGAUGAUCAGAGUUUGCGCAGCAGAUGAAAGAAAAAUCUCGACUUUUGUUCCUGUUGCUAAUAGCAACUGUACAUGUCAACGUUUCAAAUGUGUCAAAGACGGGUUUCUUCUAGGCUCGGGUCAGCCUCCAAACUGCAGAAGUAAUAGUGGAAAAAUAUAUCCUGUUGGGUCUGUGUUUACUGAUAGAAACUGCACUGUUAAAUGCCAGUGCUUACCAGAUGGAGUUAGAUGCGAGCCUAUGUGUGAAGUUGUUAAGCAAAAGAACUGUUUGCAUCAAAACAUUGAAUGGAAAAAAAUGGCUACACCUGAUGCACAAGGAAAUUCUUGUUUUUGUCCAAUUCCAGUUUGCAAGCAAAAUUUGUGCUAUGAUGGUGGGAAAGCAUAUAAAGAAGGCGAACAAUUCAUUUCUUCAACAUGUGAUGGUUCUUGUAAAUGCGGCCCACGAGGGAGAAUAUCUUGUGUUAGUCUAUGUCCACCAAGGAUAGCAAGAUGCAAAGCGGAUGAAGAAGAAGUUGAAAUAUUACAGAAAGUUGCAAAGAGUACAAAUUGUACGUGCCCUUCAAUAAAGUGUGUGAAGAGAAAACAAGAAUUCUGUAAAAUAUCGGGAAAAGUAUACAAGAGUGGAGAGUAUUUUGUGAUGGGAAAUUGUAAUGGCUACUGUCGAUGUAAAGUAAACAAUGGUGUUUAUGGUUAUUCAUGUGUUUCCUUAUGUCCUCCAACUGAUAUCGUAUGUUCGCAAGGCAAACGUAAAGUACCUAAAAACAUACCUGCUUUUACUGGUAGUAAUUGUACAUGUAGUUCCUGGGAAUGUGUAUAAGAUAUAUGAAAUGAUUACAAAACAAUCAAAUUUGUUCCUAAUAAUGUUUUCCCAGAUGUUAUAACUUCCUUGUUUAGUUAUGUUAGUAAAUUACCAGACAUGUAAUGCUUUGUUAACUUACACGAGUCAUUUAUAAAUAAAUUAUGAACGAAACAUA